GUGAAGAAGAAGAGGCCACCGACGAAGAAGAAGCCAACGAUAACACGAAAAGUUUGUCGUAACACCCGCAAAUUUUCACGAACCCCGCUGGAAAAGUGCACCGGGCUGAGCAGAAAAGGGGCGCAUUAAAAUGGCAUCGCUGUUGAACAUUUCGGCCAAUCUGCGCCGCCCGGUGAUGGUCGGUGUGCGUGCCGCUUCCGCACACGCGGCCGCCUUCCGCUCCGCACUCUCGAACGAAUCCGCGACCGAGGUAACCACCCUGGACAGCGGACUGCGCGUGGCCAGCGAACCCCUGCCGACGCAGCUGGCCACGGUUGGACUCUGGAUCAACGCCGGAUCCCGCUACGAGGACAAGCACAACAACGGCACGGCCAACUUCUUCGAACAGGUCGCCUUCAAAGGCACGACGAAACGAUCGCAGUCAGCGCUGGAGCAGGAGGUGGAAAAUCUCGGUGCUCACCUGGACGCAUCGACCGGUCGCGAAGAGACCGUUUUCCAGGCCCGCUGCCUGUCGAAGGACGUCCCGAAGGUGAUCGAGCUGCUGGCCGACAUCGUACAGAACCCCAAGAUUGACGAUGCCGAUGUGAAGCGUGCCCGGGAGGUGCUGCUGGGCGAGAUCGAGAAGGUGGAGGCCGGCAACCUGCGCAACGUAGUGUUUGACCACUUGCACUCGACCGCUUUCCAGGGCACGUCCCUGGCCAACACUGUUUGGGGACCGAGCUCCAACAUUCGCUCGAUCAAGCGUGACGAUCUGCGUGGUUACGUGGAUUCGCACUUUAAGGCACCGCGCAUGGUGCUGGCCGUGGCCGGAGACGUUCGCCAGACCGAGUUGGAGAAACUGGCCGAGCAGCAUCUGGGUAAGGUGCAGUCAACGUUCGAUGGGAAGCCACCAACUCUGUCGGCAGUACGCUUUACCGGAUCUGAAGUACGCGUCCGGGAUGAUUCGAUCCCGCUGGCUCACGUCGCCGUCGCAGUCGAGGGUUGCGGCGUGUCCGAUGCCGAUGCGCUGCCGUUGUCCGUUGCUAGUUCGCUGAUUGGAUCGUGGGAUCGCUCACACGGUGGCGGCGUGAACAGCGCCUCCAAACUAGCCGUGGCCAGUGCUACCGACAAGUUGAGCCACAACUUUGAGUCGUUCAAUCUGACCUACCGCGAUACCGGCCUGUGGGGUAUCUACUUCGAGUGCGACCCGUUGAUGUGCGAGGACAUGCUGUUCAACGUGCAGAACGAGUGGAUGCGCCUCUGCACCAUGGUUACCGAUGGCGAGGUGGAGCGCGCAAAGCGGCAGCUUAAGACCCGCCUGCUGGCUGGACUCGAGGGACCGCAGGCCAUUAGCGAGGACAUCGGUCGUCAGGUGCUGCGCCAGGGUCGCCGUGAACCGCUGCACGAGUUGGAGCGGCGCAUCGAGAACGUGACGGCCGCGAACGUGCGCGAUGUGGCGAUGAAGUACAUUUUCGAUCGUUGCCCGGCCGUUGCUUCGGUCGGACCGGUCGAGAACCUUCCCGACUACAUGCGCAUCCGCUCGUCGAUGUCCUGGGUCCGAUUGUAAAAAGUGCCGUGGGCCUUCUAGGCGCUAGAGUCAAAGAGCAAAGCGCUUUGCUAACCAUUACUUCUGUAGAGCAGUCAAAUGAACUUAUGUGUUAAUUGGAA